UCAAGAAUCAGCAACCUGCACCGAUGAAGGCAGCAACAACAACAGCACCAUCUCCAUCACCAGCAUCAAGUUGGUGUUGGUGUUGGUGCAAGCAGAUGCACCAUUACCGUCCAACUCCUCCUUCCUUUUCUCGUCAAAUACAUCAAAGGUUUCCACAGUUGAGAGGUUUGGGAUUGAACAAAAAUGGGAUUGGUGAGUCUACUUGUGGUGCUGCCUCUCGGAGCUAUCAAGUUUAUGUGUCGCCUUGGGAUGAUAAGCCCUUUGAAAUUCUCCCAAGUGGUAAAAGGGGUUACUUGGAUGAACAGGAUGUGGUCACAUUUCUUGAUCCUCCUAAGGAAUUGAUCCCUUUGGACCCAACUUCUUAUAAUCCUGCUGCAUAUCUCUGGAAAAAAAUUGAAGAUAUUCCUGAGGAAAGGCGUCAUCGACUACUGCUAUUGUUAAAACCUAGACAUAUAUCAAUGGCUUGGCAGAUAGCUGGUACACGAUAUGAGAAUUCCAAGUUAGCAAAGAAAAGUGCAUCUACAUUGUUGUCCAACUCUGACAAAAAUGAUGUGAUGCUUGAAUAUUAUAACUGCCGAACAAGUGGAGGACCAUUGCCAAUUUCCUGGAUAAAUUACUUCAGAAAGGUUAUAUUUUCUUGCAAGGAUGGGCAGGCCUAUGGACGACUUAUAGGUGGAUCAGUUUUGGCUGCAUUUGCUGACUCUUUCAGUCCUUUGUAUUUUACGGUGAGACAACUUAAGGAAGUAAUGUCAACUGAGCAGCCUUGUGAUUUAGCAUAUGAAUUUGGUGAUGGACUAUAUGAUAUCAAAGAACUCCCACUAGGCUUUCCAAGCCCAGUUAAACAUCCUUAUCCUUUCAACGAUCAAAUUUUUAUAUAUGUUCGCCAUCUAGGACCAGGGGUUUCAGUAGGGCAAGCAUGGCAAGAGGGAAAUAAGUUAGAACAAAUACCACGAAAAUUAUGUGGCGAGAUUUUGAUGGUGAAGGAUUACACAUCAUUACAAGAAGAUCAGUAAAGAAAGUUAUUUGGCCUCCCCUAGAAAAGUUGAAAGACAGUUGUGCACAUAUCAAUGCGUAUACUAAGUGAUGGUGUGCGGAAGAUAAGUUUUUAGGGCAUAUAUGAGGGAAAUAUGACUCCAUCUCAAUGUUUGCAGUUUUUGCAAAGACAAACUUAAUGUAGAGGCAGUUGAGAGAAUAGCACAUUGGAUGUGUUGUUGUUGGUGUUUCAAGGCUGCUGUUGAUGUCCUAUUUUUUAGGAGUUAAUUAGUUGUUUUUUAAAUUGAUUAGUCUUUUGUUUAGGAGUUUGUUUACUGCAUUUUACUGUUAUUGCUUUGUUAGUUUGUUGCUGAUUUUGUGGACCAACAAAAUCAGCUGGUUAGUAGCAACCGCAUGAGCUCAGU